UUAUAUCCUCGCAGCAGCAGCAGCAGCAGUGCCUCCUCUUUCCUCUUCCUCCUCUUCCUCUCCAGCAGAUGAUGCAGACUUAAACUCAGGAUCUAUAAUUCCUCCUUCCUCUUCCUCCUCGCCGUCUACUCCUCCUCUUCAUCUCGGUAAGAACACCCUCAGUAUGCGAUCAUAUCAGACUCGUUUCUGAGUGUGUGUGUGUGUGUGUGAGUAUGAGUGUGUGAGUAUGAGUGUGUGAUGUUUACCCAUGAUGCUCUGUAUUUGUGUUUUUGAGUGUGUGUUUAAGAUCAGUUUCACUUUGAAGAAACAAACACACACUCAGAAUCAUGUCAGCUUUGAUCACAUACACACAUAUAACACAAGAACCACACAGGGCAACGUGUGUGUGAGUGUGUGUGUGUGUGUGUGUGUGUGUGUGUGUGUGUGUGUGUGUGGGGGGGGGGGGGGGGGUCUCACAUAGAUCCACUGUGUCCAUCCCUGGGACCUCCUCCACCCCUCCAUCCUCUAUUCUCCACCCUUUUAGAGGCAUAUGGCUGCUUCCUCCUACUCACAGAUGUUCAUGUGUGUGUGUGUGUGUGUGUGUGUGUGUGUGUGUGUGUGUGUGUGUGUGUCAGCUAUAAUCCUGCAGGAGAAGCUCACAGUAAAACCUGAGGUGAGUUUUCUUUUAAAGAAAAAAUAAAUAAUUCUGUUUUUUACGGCGACAGACGUACAACUACACAACUCCUGUUCAACAACUAUACAACUACACGACUACAAAACAACUAUAUGUAUAGAACACAAGUUAAGAACAGCAUGCCUGAGUCACUCAGCAGGAUGAGGAGGAGCCGCCUCUGUCACACCUGUUAUCACUGAUUUAUUUAAGCUACACACACACACACACACACACACACAGAGAGAGAGAGAGAGAGAGAGAGAGAAAGAAACAAAUCAGUGGUCACAUUUAGCAUAACCAAAUCAGGCUGUACUGCUUUGUCCGUCAGAGGCUCACAGACUCUGUGUUGACCCUUUCAAACAUGUAACUCAAUGUUUCCUGAGGAUAAAUGCAUAAAAGAUAAAAAAUUUUAUAAUCAACAUAUUUUUUUUUACAGAUCAAAGUUCAGUCAGGACCACUUUCCUUUAAAAGAGUUCAUUACUUGUGUGUAUUAGCUGUAUUUGGGGGUAUGUUUCUGUUCUGAGGGCUUCCUGCCCGUCCAUAAGCUGACAUGGAAUCCCAAAGCCUGCAGCAGGGAGAGCACCUGCCCUCUGUUUUAUGAGUAUGCGAACGUGUAAAGCCAAGGCAGGGGGAGCAGCAGCAAAGCCGACACAGUAGUUUUGAUCAUACACAGUGAGUUUAAUCGUACACAGUGAGCAAAGCUUGCUCUGAUUCUCUCUUUGGUAUCAGGGUCAUUGUUCAGUUUAGGUCACUGAUCCUUAUGAGUGUGUCCUCUCAUCAUUUUAAAAAAAUAAUAGUAUGUCUUUAUUUCCUCUCUCUGUCUCCUUUCUUUUCUUCCUUACUGAUUCAGGUCAGCUUUUAUUACAGCAAACAAACCUAAACUAUUAUUCAGACCCUGUCUCUGUCCAUCCCUGUCUCUCUGCAUCUGACUUGUCUUUCUCUCUGUCUGUCUCUAUUUGUGCAUCUUCAGUCCUCUUUUCUGUCCUCCAGUGUUUUAUUCCAUCCAUACUUUUCGUAUUUUGUUCAUAUCUGCUCUUUUCUUCCAUACAUUUUUUUCACCUUGUCUUUGUAUCUCUGAGGUCUGUCCAUUCUUUCUUUCUUUCUGUCUCACUUUGUCUGCUUCAUUUCUGUCUCUCUGUUUUCAAGGCUGUUAUAAGUCAACCUCAUCAUUUCCUAUCCUAAGCAAAGCAGCAGUGCUCAAUGGCUAAAUGCACAUUUGAAUAAAAAUAAACUCUUCCCCUCAAUAAUCCCCAGAGGUAGAAUGGGUAAAACAACCACUUUGUUCUUAACAGUCCCCUGCUACUUCUGAGACUCUUUUGGGCCCAGCUUUGAAAAACUAAGCACAGGGUGAAAGUGAUAAUGAUAAUGAAAGUAGGAUGAAGGUGAUGCUGCUGAUGAUGAUGAUGAUGAUGAUGAUGAUGAUGAUGAUGGUGAUGAUGAUGAUGAUGAUGAUGAUGAUGAUGAUGAUGAUGAUGAUGAUGAUGAUGAUGAUGAUGAUGAUGAUGGUAAUGACAGUAAUUGUGAUGCUAAUAGUUCUGAAGCUGGUAUGAGGAUGAUGUUAAUAACAAUGGUGAAGAUGGUGAUGAUGAUGAUGAUGAUGAUGAUGAUGAUGAUGAUGAUGGUGAUGAUGAUGAUGAUGAUGAUGAUGAUGAUGGUGAUGAUGAUGAUGAUGAUGAUGAUGAUGAUGGUGAUGAUGAUGAUGAUGAUGGUAAUGACAGUAAUUGUGAUGCUAAUAGUUCUGAAGCUGGUAUUGAGGAUGAUGUUACUAACAAUGGUGAAGAUGAUGAUGAUGAUGAUGUUGGGGGAGGUUGUGAUGGUGGUGGUGUUAGUGGGGCUGAUGGAGUGUUAUCUUUCAGGCUUUUUUCCCAAGACAACGUUCUAGUUGUGUGUAUUGUAAAAGCUGCUACUACUACCAAUAUCAUGUCUUUCUUUUUAAAGACUUUUUAAAGUGAGUGAAUUGUUGUGUGUGUUCCACGUGUUUACAGUUGCCGAAUUUGACUGGUUUGUUCUGGAUGAUGACAUCUGGAUUAUGCUAUAGUGUGGUAAAUUUGCUAGGUGAUAUGGUUUUUCCGGUUAUUCAGUUAGGUUGUCAGAGUUACUGCUAUGUUUGAGUAUUAAGAAAACAUGGUUUUUAACUGGGGGGGACAUAAAUGGUAUUUCUUCUUAAAGGGAUAUUCCGGCAUAAAUUUAAGUUAUGGUCAAACAUGCGGUAACACCAAGUUAGACAUCCGCUCAAGAGAUGAAUGUUGUCGACUGUUUGCCUCUCUAGUUAUGCCAACUUCAUCAACGACUGCAGACAGCAAUACACAGCAGUCUACGUCUCCACAGGCAAACCUCAACCAAAAAGCCACUCCAUAGCCACAAAUAAGGCUCAGAACAGCAGCUAACUUCAUCAACAGUACAUAUAUGGUCCCAGCCAUAGCACUAACCACCAAACAUCUUUUUAACUUUGCUUGGUUUCUUUAGCAAAGAGACCAAGCACAACUCACCCACUCUCCUCCAGCAGCCGCUUGUUUCUGGUCAGAUACGUCAAUGAAAGAUAUAUACAGUAUAUAAAAAAAAUCUUCAUCUGCCAGGUGUGAGGUGUUGAACCACAACUACAGGGAGAGAUUGGGCCUGAUUGUCGUACCAAUUAGUUGGUCCAUGGUUGUUUUGAUGUUUGAUUGUUUUUUAGUUUUGUUGGUAUCUAUAUGUACUUUUGUUUCGUAUUGAUGUCAUACUGUAGCUGUUAAUAUGAUCUAAAUCUAAAUCUGGUUUGGUGUUUUUCUCACUCUGAACACGAUAGGAAAACCUGCUGUAUCUGCUUCACAGUGUUAUUACAUUACUUUUAGAUAGAUCAUAUUACAGACAGACAGAGACCGUUUGUCUGAGAGGACAGAGAAGUAAUGUGAUUAACCCGCCCUCUGCCUCAGUCUGAACACAGAAACACACUUUCUACUCUUCCCUCUUCUUCUUCUUCUUCUUCUUCUUCUUCUUCUUCGUCUUCUUCUUCUUCUUCUUCUUCUUCUUCUUCUUCUUCUUCUUCUUCUCCCUUUGUAUUCACAUGACCUUUAGUUCAGAUAGUGGGACUGAAUCUUGAGGUGCCAAAGUUGUUGUAAAACCAGGUCUAAAUUAUGAAAUGAAGAAUUGUUAGAGGAGAGGACAAGUCAGAUCAAAUGACCACAUCUGCAGCUCUCUCUGUCCCCACACUCUCAGACAUCUAAACAACUGCAGUGUAAAUGAAACAAGUAUUUAACUGGAUUAACAAGCGUGAUCCCCGCCUGCAAACAAUCAGUUUAACAUGUCAUAACCUUUAAAUGCAGAUUAUCACCUGUGACUUCAGAUUAUAGCCUGCAUGUUAUCAUCUUGGAUUUGAGAUUAUCAUCUAUGAGUUCAGAUUAACACCUGGGACUUGAGGUUAUCACUUUAUAUUCUCACUUGUGAAUUCAGAUUAUCACCUGUGACUGCAGACAAACACAGAGACCAUAGACAGACAGACUGAUAGAUACACACACACACACACACACACUCACACUCCUCUUUUCUCCUGAGAGCUCAGGUCCAUUAGUAGGAGCUCUCUGUGUCUCUAAUGAUCUCCAUCAUGCUGCAGCUCAGAGGUCAUCCUCUCUCUGUGUGUCUCUCUCUCACACACACGGGCGUACACACACACACACAGGCGUAUACACACACACACACACACACACACACACACACACACACACACACACACACACACAGAGUUUUGUUUAUAUGAGUGUGUGUUUAAGUCCACCAGUGAUGGUUGAAUCUGACUGUGAGUUUGGCAUCAUCACAUCAUCCCUGAGGUUUGUCUCUGUUCACUCUGAGCAGCAGAGAGUUCAUUCAGGAGGGAGAGAAUCACUGAAUCACUGCAGACUGAGGAUCAGACACAAACAAAGAAGGAAACUAUGACUGAUGACCAGGUGAGAAUAUGAAAUGACAAAGUGAGGAUGAAGAAAAUAAGUGUAUGAUGAAAAUAACCAAGAACAGGGGGAGAGUAAUGACCACAGGAAGGAGAAAAAGGAUGAAGAUGCUCAGCUGAUGGUCAGCUGAUGGAUGUCAGGAGGUAUUUACUGUCAGUCAUAAAUAUCUUAUUAUCAGACUGACCGCUGACUGCACUUCCUGGAAAAGAUCAAUACUGUGUAUAUGUGAUGUCAUUAAAGUGGGUGUGUCCUGCAGCAGUUCAAUGACAUCACUCUUCCUCUCUGUUUUUCUGCUCUCAAGUUGCUCUGUCUGUUUCCUGCCUCUGCUGCUCAUAUUUUUUCCUCUCCUCUCUGUCUUUUUUGCCCUCCCAACUGUAUCACUCUCUCUCUCUCUCUUUCUAUUAUUUCCUCCUCUCUGUCACACUUUCUUCUUUAGUUCUGGCUCUGUCCUUCUACUGUUCUAAAAAAGGAAACUUUUACAAACACAAAACUUAAGGUUGGUUUUGGAUCUGAAGUGCUUGAGGUGCAGAUUCAGGUGGUGUGUGUGUGUGUGUGUGUGUGUGUGUGUGUGUGUGUGUGUGUGUGUGUGUGUGUGUGUGUGUGUGCAUUUCAAACACAGUCUUUGUUGACUUUGUUGUUUUAUUUAAACUGGAGAAUAAAUAAAUUUUGAUGAAACUUUUUCUGCCUCAUCAGCAAUUUUUCUGUUCCGCUUGAUGUCAAGAUUGUCUGUACUCCUCCUCCUUCUUCUUAUCCUCUUCCCUCCACUCCUCUUCCUCUUUAUCCUUCUUCAUCUCUUCCUUAUCUUACUCCUCUCUGUCUUCUCUUUGUCCUCCUCCUUCCUUUCCUCCUCCUUCUCCUCCUCUUUGCCCUACUCUUCUCCUCCUCCUUCUCCUCCUCCUCAGCCUCAGUAACUAAAAUAUUUAUUAGCUGGUUCUAUUUUGGGACACUGCCCCUCCUUUUGCUGAUCAGAAGGUACAAAAAUGACUUUCUACUGACAACAAACACACACACAGUCACACGCACACACCAACACAUACAUGCUUAACCUUAUAGUUACCUUACCUUAUACUGACUGCCUAUUUCUGUCUAUGUUUGUAUAUGUGUACAUGUUUCGGAGUGUGUACGUGUGUGUGUUACUGAAUGUGUCUUUGUCUGUGUUUCUGUGUGUGUUUCUAAAUGUGUGUUUUCUGUUACAAAGUACACUGUGCAGUAAUUGGACAGUUAGUAUCUUGCAGUCAGCUGCAUCAGACUCUGACCUACUUAAGAUCACAGAGACCUGCUCUUGCUGCACAGACAGGGUCUCAAUGAUGCAGGUCCAAUAAAAGUUUAAUCUAAAUGCAUAAUUUCUUUCAUGCUGCGUCGUCGACAGACAGUUAAAUGGUAACAAGUGGACAGAAAUGAGAGGCUGCAACAUUAAGAUACCACAGUGUAGUGACCCAGUAAAGCGUAGUUGCAAUAUACAGGAGUGACCUAUCUCUACAUUGUAAAGCACAACCAUAAUAUAUUCAUAAAUUCUCACAACAUAGAGAUGUGUGAAAAAUCAAUGACAGAAAAACACAUAACUGCUAUCAGGUAGACACAUAAUCAGCUGACAAUGCUUGGCUUUAGUAGGGACAAGUAGGUUCUUCGUUUGGUUCCCUGUAAGUUCUCUGUUUGGUUCUAGGUUGAAUUCCUGGUUUGGUUCCCUUUACAUUCUUGGUUUGGUUUUGGUUCUCAGUUUUGUCCCCUGUGGGUAUUUGAUUUGGGUCCUGUUUAGGUACUUGGUUUGGUUCUUGAUGUGGUUCAUGGUGUAGCUCCCUUUGGGUACUUGGUUUGGUUCUUGAUUUGGUCUUCUUUGGGUUCAUGGUUUGAAACCAGGUUGAUUUCCUGUCAUUUCUUGGUUUGGUCCUUGGUUUGGUUUCCUGUAAGGACUUUUUAUUGGUUCCUGGUCUGGUUGUAUUUUUGGUUUCCUGUGGGUUCUUGGUUUUGUCCUCAAUCUGGUUCCUGGUUUGGGUUACUUUGCAAUUUUGGUUUGGUUCCUUGUGAGUUUUUGGCUUGGGUCCUUGACUGGUUCCCUGUGAGUUUUUUGUUUGGUUCCUGGUUUGGUUCCCUGUAAAUACAUUGUGUGGUUUCUGCUUUUUUAUUUUCUUUUAUUUUUAUUUUUUGUUGUUGUUGUUUUUGUUUUGUUGGUUUGGUUUUCUGUGGGCUCUUGGUUUGGUUCCCAUUGAGUUAUUGGCUUAGUCACUGGUUUGGUUCCAUGUGGGUUCUUGGUUAGAUUCAUGGUUUGGUUCCCUGCAAAUAAAUAGUUUGGUUUCUGUUUUUUUAUUUUUUUAAAUUUAUAUAUUUUGUUAUUGUUUGUUUUGUUUUGUUGGUUUAGUUUUCUGUGGGUUUUGGUUUGGUUCCCUUUGAGUUAUUGGCUUAGUCACUGGUUUAGUUCCUUUUUGGCUCUUGGUUUGAUUCAUGGUUUGGUUGCCGAUUUUUGUUUCUUUUGGGUUGUUGGUUUGUGUGAUUCCCUGUUGUUGUUUUUUGAUUUGGUUCUUGUUUGUUUGGGUGCAUUUUGGUGCAUGUCUUGGCUUUGUUCCUGGUCUGCUUCCCUGUUGGUUCUCAGAGGGCUUAUAUUCUGUUUUCAAAGGGUAAUCAGAAGUUUCUUUCUCCUCAGUCACAGACACGCUCCAUUCUUCUGAGGACCCUCAGCCUUCAUGUGUCUACUAGCAGCAGACUUCACCCACAACUCCAGCCAUCUCACCUCCACCUGCACCAUGAGUUGUGAGCUUCUCGACCAGACUGUGGGAGUGACACUUACUCUGCGCCUUCUCAUGCAAGGAAAAGUGAGUACUUUGCUUGGGGGUGGAGCUAUGUGGGGCGGGGGCUUACGCGUUCUGACUGGAUAGUAAAGACUAGAAAAGCACUCGGAGAGCGCAGACCUCCGCCAAGCAGCUCAUGUCCCUCCUUAUAUUGUGAUUCAUACCAAAAAUUUUACUGUUACGUGUCUUUUAUUAACUUUUAUUUGUGUUUAAACUGGUAUGUUCACUGUUCAUAAUGUUCCUAAAACAAGAAAUGCCCUGACCCGGAUUCGAACCCAGGACCUUCUUGCUGUGAGGCGACAGUGCUAACCACUACACCACUGUGCCGCCCAUUGGUUAUCUUUCAGCAUUGAAAAUUCCAACGACACCCUUAUUUUUGUGUGUUCUGGAUCACAGUAUCCGGAAUUUUGUCUGGAUCAGGAUCAACCUUUGAUACCUCAUAAAACUCAUUGAGAUCCUUUUGUGUAAUUUUUUACUAAAGACUCUGGCCAUUUUUAUAGAGUUAAAUGCAAAAAUUCCAAAAUUUGCCCUAUCUCACAAUGAUAAAGAAUCCUUCAAAAAAUUCCUGGAUCCAGAAGGCGAUCCGGAUCACCACCAAAAUGUAAAGGGAUCCUCCUGGGGCUGAGACGCACCUCUGGUGAAAAUUUUAGGUCAAUCUGUCUGUAACUUUCUCUGUAAAGUUGCUAACAGACAAACAAACAAAUCAACAAACAAACCAACAAACAAACCAACGCUACCAAAAACAUAACCUCCUUGGCAGAGGUAAUAAUACUCUGGAGUAAACCUUAACUCCACCUUAUAGACGGGUUUCUUGUGUACAAACAAUACUAGGUGCGUGCACAACCAGGGGGCAAAAGCCUCACCGGCGGACACGAAAAUAGAGCCCAAGGAGGCAAUAAAAGCCUCUGAUUGGCUGAAUUUAAAACAUGUUUUACAGUCUUCUUGUCUAAAAGUGUCUUUGAUGAUAACAACAGAAACAUUUCCUGUUUUUGUUUUUUUUUUCACAGGAAGUAGGAAGCAUAAUUGGAAAGGUGAGCUGUAUUUUUUAACUCUUUCUGUCAUAGUCCAAUGAGAAUGACACCGCAAUAAUAUGAGUUAAAAUAAAACACAUCAGUUUAGGGAUUCAGCGCUUAUAUCUUCUUUUCAUUUUAACCUGCCGCUGGGAUAUAAAUUAACUUCAAUUGUUAUUAAUAAGAAUAACGUUUAUUUUUAUGCAGUCAGUCUGUUUCCACAGAAAGACCUUGUUCAGCAGGGGGAGAGUUGAAGAAACUAAAAAUACUUCAGAUAUUUUUUUCUCUUUAACUGAAACAGACGAAUCAGACACAGUGAAGAGAUUUUAUUCUUUUCAUUUCCUCUUUUUUGCCUCACAUUUGGGUCAGUUAGUCCUCAGAAUAUUUUUACAGACAUCCAUAUGAUCUCAGACUGAUAUCAGCAGCUUCAUUUCUGACUUACAGAAACAUUUUUUUUGAGAAUUAACAAACCAAAAAGAGAAAAGUGUAAUUUUUUUGUCUCUUUUUCAGAAAGGAGAAACGGUGAAGAGGAUAAGAGAAGAGGUAACACCCCUCACCCCUGAUUCGUCCCCCAUCCUCCCACAUCUCUGCUUCAUCUUUGUCUUCUUUCAGCGUUACUGUGAUUCCUGUUAACGUCACUAUAGAGACCAUACCCUCCAUAUGUAGGCCUUCUUAAUCACAAGACUAUCAGCAGCCCACCAGCACGAUAUCAUACUCUCUUUACCUUACUCUGUUUUUAUUUUAUAUGCUCUCUUAACCCUAAACCUUUCAGGUUUCAAUCAUGGUAGUGCAGUAAAAGCUUAAGCAUGCAGAUUCAUAUCCUGGUAUUUUUAGAUUGAAUUCAAACAUCUAAAGGGACAUUUUGUUUUCGUCUGUCUGCUGACGUUCACAUCUUUAGCUGUCAGAAAUCUGUGAAAUGGAAAAAUAUGUUUUCCCUCUGGAGUAACUGUCCUCUCUAUACCAGAAAACCGAGAGGAACAAGCUGACUGAGAUUUAGAGACAGGGAGAAUGAGAUCAAAACAGAAGUAGAAAGUAGGUGGAUAAAUGGAUUUGCUCUGUCCAAGGGGAGAUUAAUGUCAUCAGGGUGUCAUCAGGAACACACCAAAAUCUCUUUUCAUCAACAUUUCACCCAAGUCAUGGGAGGGGUUAAACACUUUCAUUUCUCCUUUUCACAUAAGAAAAUGAACAAUGACGUAAGCUAUCAUUUCAUCUUAAAUUACAUAUUUAAAGUACAGUCUUAGGAGAAACAGAUGCAUCAGCGUGUAGGAUGAUGAAAUCUGUUUGGAAAUAAAUUCAGGCUGAAAUAUUUUAAUAAUUCCAGAGAAAAAUAGGCCACAGAUUUCCUCCAAACAGAAAACUGUUUUAAUAAGUCUAAAUUUACUCAGUUUACCUCCUGCUGCCUGAAAAAUAUAAAAUAAAACUCAACAAACACAAUCUGCAGGGAGGAUUAUUUCAGAGCGGAGUCCCCAGAGAAACAAAAGGAAGGGGGGGGGGGGGGGGGCUGACUGAACACUGAGAGACAAGAACAGUAGGAAAAAAGACAGAGGGAAAGAUGGGUGAAGGGGGAGACAUGGAGGGAGUUGAAUGAAUGUUUUCCUCAUGGACCAUGUUUGUUUUUAAGCUGUUUCCUUGGAAGUAUCUUACAUGUUUAAAAAUCUCAUCUUUUCCUCUGUUUGGUUUUAAUGUACAGCUGAUCAGAUCCAAACCCUUUAACUCUCAGCCUGCAAAGACCUCCCCUCAAACAGUAUUAUUUUCAGAGACGAUACUCUCUGUGACUCCAGCCUCUUUUUAAAAGUGACUGAAUAAAGAAGAAGAACAAGAAGAAGAAGAAGAAGGAGAAAAACUUUAUUGAUCCCCGAAGGAAAAUUCAAUUAUCUGUCGUCUCAUGUGUCAUGCAAGUCAUCUGCUAUUUACAGAAGAGUUGUAAAGUCUGAUGGCUGUUGGUACAAAAGAUCUUCUGAAUCUUUCUGUCCUGCAGCGAAGAGAGAGGAGCCGUCCACCACCAUUGGCCCUUUGGUCCAUUAAGGUGUUGUGAAGUGGAUGAUCCAUGUUCUUUAGAAUAGUCUCCACCUUCCUCAGUGUACAUCUCUUCACCACAUCCUCCACUGAGUCCAGCUUGAAUCCAACUACAUAGCCAGCUUUUUUAAUCAGUUUGUUCUGACGUCUUGCAUCUUGAUAUUGCCUCCCCAGCAGUCUCAACUCAGUCACUUGAAAUUGUAAUGUAUGCUAUACUUCUUGCUUCAGUUGUCUACAGAUCGCCCAUAAUGAACCAUGACCCUGUUCUGGUGUUUUGUUAAUUUGCUCAGUAAAAGCAGCAGGGGGUAUCACAGUUUAGUUAGAGCAAUCAUGGACUUAAAAUCAGAACAUUUCUCUCUGACCUUAGAGGACUCGGGCUUCUCUUCAUUACCAUUCUGGUACCCAAGAGUUGAUAUCCUAUUUUAAUGCUGGAUCUCAAGAAUAGUCCUGGAUCAAAUGUGUGAACAGGAGGUCCACAAAAAGAAGUGAAGGGAGACUUUUUUCUUGCUGGGCUUAGCUGUCCUGAGUCUGUAGAUCUUUUUCUCCACAGGCUCCAUGCAUCAGGACCAGAAACUUCACUAUUAGUCCAUUCUUCUGUGAGGUCCAUACAGUCCUAGAGAGUAAUAAGCUCUUUGUUUCCAACAAAUCACACUCCCAAACUCACGGUCAUUCCAAUCAUCCACCUGCUUUUUGCCCUCGUCUCCCGUCCUUGUUAUUCUGGAGCUUUGCUGUUGUUGCUCUGAUUCAGGUUUAAAGAAAUGAACUUUGCUUUCCUUUCGACAUAUUUUCCUGUAGCUACUUCACGGAGUGUAAACAGUAAAAUACUGCCUAAUUUGGUUAUACUUGAUGGGUAUUUGACCAGAAGAAGUGAUUAAUAAUUCCUUCAAAAGUUCGGCAAUUAUAAUAAUGUUAUUACAUUUUUAAAAGAUAACGUGUUACCCUUUUACUCCUCUCUCACUUUAACGUCUGAUUCUUUCCUCCUCUUCCUCCUUUAAACUGUUUUCUCUGUAUCCAAAUCUCCUCUCUCCUUCCCUUUCUCUUCCUCCCACUUCCUUUUUCCUCCUCUCCUAUUCCUUCUCCUCCUCCUCUCCUAUUCCUCCUUGUCUCCUAUUCCUCCGCCUCUCCUUAUCCUUCUCCUUUCCUUCCCCCUCCUCCUUCUCUUCCUCCUCUCUCUUCUCCUCUUUCCUCUUCCUCCUUCUCUCUCUCCCUUCUGCAUCAUCUUCCUUGCCUCUCUCUUCUUCCUCAUCCUUUUCCUCUUCCUUCCUGUCCUCCCUUUCCAUCCUCUGUAUCCUUUUCCAUAUUACCUCCUCCUCUUCCCUCUCCUCCUUCUCCUCCUCCUCCUCCAAACUUUAACCUUGGUAAACUCUCAUCUUCUUACCCCCCUCCCUUACUCCCUCCUCCUUCCUUUUUUCCCCUCUUUCUCCUCUUCUUACCCCCCUGUUUUCCUCUGAUCUAUCAUCUCCCUCUCUUUUCCUCUCCUCUUCUCUGAUAGAGAGGAGCAGUGUUAGAGAAACGUUCUCCUCUCUACUCCUCCUUCUCUUUCUUCUGCCACAUCCCUCCCUCCCCCACUAAUUUGUUAUCUCUCUCCCCUGUUCCUCCCCGUCCUCCAUUAACCCCCAUCCUCCCCUCCCUCUGUCAUAACUCACCCCUCUGCCUCCCUUCCAUCUCCCCUCCCUCAAAUUAUCCCCUUUUCCCCUCCUACCAUCCCUACCCCACCCCCCUUCCUGUAUUCGUCACGGUACUCCCCCUGCCCUGCCAUACCCCCAACUCCUCCCCCAUUUCCUCCCUCACAGAGUGGAGCUAGAGUCACAAUCUCUGAGGGUUCAUGUCUGGAGAGAAUUGUGACCAUCAGUGGACCAACAGAGUGUGUGUUCAGAGCAUUUACAAUGAUCACAGUGAAGCUGGAGGAGGUACACACACACACACACACACACACACACACACACACACACACACACACACACACACAGAUAUACCUUCUUUAAGAUGGUGCAUUAGCUCUGCCACUCCAGUCAGUGUUUUUCUUCCAUGUUUAAUCUAAAGAAAAAAGAGUUUGGACAUUUUGUAAAGUGUUACAAACUGAAUUUGAUAGUAAAUUGUUUAAAGUCUAUAUUUAAUUGAAAAGAGAACACAGCAAAUGUUAAAACUGGAAACUGUUUUGGGGAAAAAUCACUUCUCAUUUUAAAUUUGAUGUUACAGCAUGUUUGAAAAAUUUGUCAGAGGGACAACCGAACACAUAAAAAGUUUCUCAGAAGAACAAUCAGACAAUAGCUUUGGAACCCAUGAGGUUAAUCUACAACUGGUUACAGAGGUAACUCCAUUACCAAAAAGUGCUAUUGACACAAAAUGAGUAACAACUCCAGGAAUACUUAUCAAAAAUAUGUUGACAUCAAAUUUAAAAAUCAGCAGAUUUUCAUAAAAAAAAUAAAUAAAAACUGUCUAUUCAAAUACUUGAAACACUAUCCCAACUUCUCUCUCUCUCUGUGUGUGUGUGUGUGUGUGUGUGUGUGUGUGUGUGUGUGUGUGUGUGUGUGUGUGUGUGUGUGUGUGUGUGUGUGUGUGUGUGUGUGUGUUACAGGACAUGUUGGCUCUGCUGGCUAACAGUUCAGUCUCCAGUAAAGCUCCAGUCAGCCUCAGACUGGUGAUCCCAGCCAGCCAGUGUGGAUCUCUGAUUGGAAAGGGAGGCUCCAAGAUUAAAGAGAUCAGAGAGGUGACAACAUCUUACAAUAUGAUAUUAUAUAAGAUAAUAUAAGAUGAUAUGAUAUGAAAUGUAAGUGUCUGUCACCUGUCACUUAAAAUAAAGACUGUGAAUAACAUCAGAAAACAAUGCCCUAGAUAAACUCACUAUUAAUUUGCUGUGACAUCUAUAUCAUCUAUAUCAUCUUUGUGUAUGUGUGUGUGUGCAGUCAACAGGUGCUCAGGUGCAGGUAGCAGGUGAUCUCCUCCCAAAUUCAACAGAGAGAGAGGUGACCAUCUCAGGCGCUCAGGACACCAUUAUCCAGUGUGUGAAGCUCAUCUGUGCUGUCAUCUUGGAGGUGUGUGUGUGUGUGUGUGUAUAUAUGUGUUUGAUAGUCACACACUCUGUGGUGUCGGCUCUGACCUGUUUUUCAGAUAAACAGCUGAUCUGAACUCUAUUUUUUUUUAAUGUUUUUCUGAUGUUAAAGGUAAAUUCACACGCAAUCCCCUCUCUCCAUCUCUCUAUUCUUCUUCAGUCUCCACCAAAAGGAGCGACCAUUCCUUACAAACCAAGUCUGACUGCAGGAACAGUUCUGCUGGCAGGAAACCAGGUAAGGGGAGUGUGUGUGUGUGUGUGUGUGUGUGUGUGUGUGUGUGUGUGUGUGUGCGCAUGAGGAGGAUAAGUGAAGAAAGGCAUCUCCCCAAUGUAAAAGGAUCAAACAAAAGAUGAAACCCAGUGUUUCGAUGACCUGCAUAUAGGGCUUGGCAAUAUGGGAAAAAGUUUAUCACAAUAUAUUUUUUUCAUUUCGGCCAAUAUUGAUGUGUAUAUAUAUAUAUAUAUAUAUAUAUAUAUAUAUAUAUAUAUAUAUAUAUAUAUAUAUAUAUAUAUAUAUAUAUAUAUAUAUAUAUAUAUAUAUAUAUAUAUAUAAAAUCACUUGUCAAUCUUAAAUGUUCCCUGUUACUCUUAAAUAAAAUUUAACAUUACUUAUUGGUAGCAUGUCUUUUGCAAUACAAUAAGCUACUGCAUCUCUGAGGUCUUUGUGUCUCUUCAAUGUUUUGUCAUAAGGCAUUGCACUAGAAAAAGCAGAAUAGUCAACUGUUUUGGCUGCACAGGCGCCAUGGGAUCCUUGCUUGGCUCGGGGUUUGUAACCUUUUGCUCUGCCGCGUGGCACUGCUUCAGGUCAUGAAAAAGAUUUGAGGUAUUCCCCAACUUUGCGAGAACAUGUUCUCAACAUAAUUUGCAGUGCAUAUUACUCUGCUUCAUGUCCGACCUCAAAAAAACGAAAUACCUCCACACAACCGACGUUUUCGUGCCAGUGUUGUCGCCAAUGUCAUCAUCUGUUGAGCCUUCAUCUGCAUUUCUGCCGGGGGUAGCUCUCAUUUUCUUUUUUUCUCACCGGCAGUACUGUCAGCUUCACGUGUUAAAGUACUAUGGUUGUGUGUAGCUGCAGCCUGCUACUACACAGUUGUUUGCUACUUGGUUCUAAUUCAACACAUGAUUAGUUCAGCACAAAGCAGACCUGGAGCACCGCCCCUUUUCAUUGGCUAUUCGUAUAGUCUACCAAAACAUGGCAGAAUGCUGACUGUCGAAAAGCAUAUUGACCAUAUUUUAUAUUGAUAUUGAGGGAAAUUCAUUUUUGAUAUAUAUCAUUAUUGUUUUAUUGUCCAGUCCUAUCUGCAGGAUUUCAAUCAACCACUAGGGGAGCUCUUACUCUGGUUGCUAGAAUCAGCCACUAGGGGAGCUGUUACUCUAGUUGCUAUCUACUGCCAUAAUUAUAUAAUGCUCUACUACCUAGAUGUCAAGAAGCACAGAUGUGAGAUGAUGGUAGUGUAGUUUUGAUUUGUUAAUUGAAGAAAGAUGUCUGUAGGUUGUGUUGGGUUAAUCUUGUUAUACUGUGUAAUCACUCCACCAGAGCACUGAGUAACCUGCUGGAAAGACUGAAGGCUGCUGGUACUAGCUCUGCUAAUGGCAGCCAUACUCUGCAAACCAAAAUUGCUGGAGCCUUGGUGGGCUCUUGUUCGGCUGUGUUAAAUAGAUUCUGCUCAGUUUGACUGUUUUUCUCACCUUUACAUGAUUCUGCACACCUGAAUCAAACAGUCUGAUUGAACAUAACCUUAAAUAAAGUUUGUCUGUUCAGAGCUCUGAGGGGCUUUAUGAAAAAUAAUAACUCUGUUACAGAGAAAUGAACCACUGACUCUGGAAUGAAUGUAUGACUGAUCUGUAAUACAUCUAAAACAGGUAUAUAUCGAGUCAAUGACAGAUCAGUAAUAAAUUAGUUAAAGGAAUAAUGAGUGAUGGAAGCUUCUCUGUUUGUGUCUCAGCUGAAGGUUUUUGAAGCCUCAGAUUUUGGCUCUCACCUGUUCUCGCUGCCACAGGGAGGAGUUGACUUGCAGGUGAGUGGGGGUCAAAGGUUACUGAAUAUAUAUGCUGCGUUCGAGUUACCUCGGAAGUCAGAAGUCGGAGCUGAAAAUGACGCCACGCCCGAGUUACCUGAGUUUCAGUUACCAAGUCGGAAAAAAGCAAAAUUGGAGGCCUGAAACAAGAUGGCAACAUCUACGAAGGUUAUCUUAGCGCUUGCCUUAUAUUCAGACAAGGCAAGCGCUAAGAUAACCUUCGUAGAUGUUGCCAUCUUGUUUCAGGCCUCCAAUUUUGCUUUUUUUUGUAUUCAGACAAGGCAAGCGCUAAGAUAACUUUCAUAGAUGUAGCCGUCUUGUUUCUGCCUCCGAUUUUACUUUUCUCCGACUUGGUAACUGAAACGCUGGGAACUCGGGUGUGACGACAUUUUCAGCUCCGACUUCUGACUUCUGAGGUAACUCAAACGCAGCAUUAGUGAUGUCUGACCGUCAGAUUUUGAAUUGAAAUGCUCCCUAGCUCACCCUCCUGUCAUCGAAGUGAUGGUGGCCUUCAUGGACAAAAAGCCUUUGUGAUGCAUGAUAACUCUGAUCCUACAUUGGCAAGUUUUUACAUGAAACAUGUCUUUCAAUACAGAAUCUUUAGUGCACAACAACUGCUCUCUUCUUCCUCUCACUGCUACAUGUCAUACUGCCACUAACUAGAUUGUCUCUUCUUAGAGGUCAUUGUGAAUAGAUGUCAAUAAUAAACAUACUGAUCUCAGCAGGUAAAAUACUUUUUGGUGUCAUUCAUGUGAAGGACGGGUCAGCAAAGAUUGAACCAUCAAUCAGUGGCAGUCACAGGUCUGAGAUCAGGCUGAAACAGCCAGGGGGGACACUUUAAUCUGACAAACGUCCUUCAGCCUGCAAUUAAUCUGAGAAACGACCUUCAACCUGCUGUUAAUCUGAGAAACGACCUUCAGCCUGCAUUAAUCUGAGUCUGUGUUUAAUUUACUGCUGACACCGAGAGAUAAAGUGGAUUGUAUAGUGACCGCUUUUGGACACAGCCUUUAUGAUUUUUCUUCUUUAUUUCAGACUUUUGCAGUUCAGAGUCAUUAUGGACACAACCCUCAGUCAGAGGUAAGCACAGCAAAAUACACAAAAAUAUAUAAUUAUUUUAAUUAUAAUCAUCAUUUCUAUUAUUGAUAAUAAAAAUUGAGUGAAUAAAAAUAAUAAAACCUUUGGAUUUGAAUUUCAUUAUGUGUAUUUCUGAGGUGAUCUGACUUUGUUUUCUGCACUUCACCAUCAGUUAAAUAAACUCCAGCAGCUUUCUCUGCAGCCACAGAGCCUUCCCUCCAUCAGCCAAUCAGCUGCUCAGGUGGUAUCAGGUACGUUUGCACAUACGAACUACCCCCCCCCCCCCCAUCACCACCACCACACACACACACACACACACACACACACACACACACACACACACACACUCUCUCACACACUGUUUAUAAGAUGUGUGAAUUGAUUGUUCACAGUUCGUCAUGUGUUCAAACCUGAAGUUUGAUACUAAAAGCUGUUAUUUUUCAGUUUUGAUUUCAGUGAAUUUCAUCAUCCUCUGGAUCAGUGCAGAUCUCUGUAAAAUGUAUUCAUGUGUUCACUCUGUAAUGAUUCACUCUGCUCUCUGAUCAGUGAUGCUUUCAGUCAGACAUAGAGACCCAGCUCAUAGAGUUCCUUUAAUAGAGUUUAUUUUAACGGUAUUCUAGUGUAGAAAAGCCUGCUGUGUUUCCUUUGAAUCUAACUUAGCUGUCCAUCUGCACCAUAGGAUGUUGCGGUCUGUUGUUUGUUGCUCUUAAUGUUACAGUAAUUUUAUUAUGUGAAGUGCAGGGUAGGUUAGUUAUCUAGGCCAACCUUGCUGAUCAAUGACAGAGAAUAUAAAAAUUUCUGUCAUUUCAGUGGGCGGAGUUUUGUUGAGUCACGGUUGGAGUCACCUUCAUAGUGUCUGCCAGCUCUGUUCAGCACACCUGUCGAGGCUCUAGACCUCUAAAUAUAGAGUUUAUUUUGAUUCUAUCAUGGAGUUCAUAUUAAUAAAGUAUGCAUUGGUUCUAUCACAGAAUAAGUUUCCGUUAUAUUAUAGAGAUUUUGAUUGACUUUUUGAGUUUAUUUUGAUUCACGUUGAGAUAAUUUUAAUUUAUUUUUAAGGUUUACUUUCAUUUACUUGUAGAGUGUGUUUUGAUUCAAUAAAGUAAUAGACUUUAGUUUUGAGUCUCUUAUGGUUUGUUGUAAUUCUAUUAAUGAGUAUAUUUUCAUAGUAUUGUAGUUUGUUCUGAUUUGUACAGUAUAGUUUAUUUUGAUUCUAUUAUGCAGAUUAUUUUGAUACUAUAGUAGAGCUUAUAACAGAGACCUGUUGAGAGCAACAUUUUGUUUUACUUAUAGAUUAAACACUCACUCCUACUGUCCCUCUUUGUCUCCUUCUUUUUCUCUGCCCCUUCUCUCUCUCUCCCUCCCUCCCUCUCCCCCUUCCUCUUUAACUCCCUUUUCAUUACCCCUCUCACUUGUAGGAGGUGUGGAAACUUCCUCUCAGACGACAUCUCAGGAGCUUCUAAUUCCAAAUGAAGUGAGUGUUUUUAUUUUUAAAAAUAUACCAUCACCUUCAUAAGCAUCAGUAAGCUCAGCAUUUUUCUGCUUGUGUGGCUUCCUGUUUCCCCUUUCAAAAUAAAGUUAACCAUUUUAUAACCACACAGUCAGUCAGCAAAAAGGUCACAGGUAAACAGUUUUAGUGGUAAACACUGUCACUUACAGCUGCCGCCAGCUGUGGCUGGUCUGCAGGUUGUUUCAGACUGCCAGGGCAUUAAGAUGAUGCUCUUGUCUUCAAUGAGCCUGCUGCCCCCUGCUGGAGACUUUUAACACAUCAUGUUUUAUAAAAUAACUCAUAUGGAGUAUAAAUAUAAUGUAUCAGAUGAAUUCAUAGAAAUAAAUCAGUCUUUUAGUUCAGAAUAAAACCUGUGACUCUUUCAGCGAGAAUCUGUCGACCGUCUCAGAGUCUGUGAAUAUUUCAUAGUGGCCUUCAAGGACGUCAGAUGUUUGAUGAAGAGGUUGUCUGCUGAAGGCUCUGAACUAUGACCUCUCACAAUUCAUCACAAACCACUCAUCCCACCCCCCCAAAAAGGCAGUAACCAUUCAUCAUUCAGCCCCUCCUCCAAUUUCCAGACACAAAAACAGAUACAGUUCACAACACAGAUGCACUAAGUGUACAAAACUAACCUGAUUCAAACCAUGAAAACAUUCUUACACAUUUAUUUCACACGGUACUACAGUAAUGUUUGUCUCUGUGUACUGUUGUAAUGUUUAUAUCAAUCUGUACUGUAGUAAUCUUGUAUAAUUGUGUUUAUUGCAGUGGUGUGGCUGCAGUAAAAUGUCCUCUGCUUUAACUCAUCGUUUCAUGUCUCCCCUCAGCUGGUCGGCUCGAUCAUCGGUCGUCAGGGCUCUAAGAUCAGUGAGAUCCGGCAGCUCUCAGGAGCUCAAAUUAAGAUCAGCAGUCAGAUGGAGACCAGCAGCGACCGUCACGUCACCAUAACAGGCACGCCCAUCGCCAUCAACCUGGCCCAGUACCUCAUCACUUCAUGGUAAAUAUACCCACUUGAGACAGAAGAAACGUACUGCAGGUACUAUCAAAGUACUCAUGACCAGUACCUCAUUACCUCAUGCUACCUCAUAUUGUAGUUCAACCUGCACCUCUUUGCACCACCUGCACCAACAAUCACAGUAUCAUCUGAGUAUUUUUGCAUGAGGCGGAGCUCAGAGUUAUACUGUCAGUCAGAGGUGUACAGAGUGAACAAGACAGGGUAGAGCACAGUCUCCUGUGGUGCCUCCACGCUGCUGGCUACAGGGCCUGACGUGGUUUCUCUAUCAGAUAGUCCAUAACCCAGCACCAGGUGUGAGUCCACACUCAUAUCUGACAGUUUAUCCCUCAGUAGGAGGGGGUAGAUGGUGUUAAAGGUGCUGGAAAAAUCGAAGAAAAUGAUUCUCACAGCGCUGCUCCCUUUGUCCAGAUGAGAGUGAACUUUAUGUAACAAGUACAGGAGUGAGUCCUCCACACCCAGCUUUGCCUGGUAUGCAAACUGCUGUGGAUCCUUAGCAUAUGGGACCAGGGGUCUAAGAAGAUGAAGCAGCAGCAGCUCUUUUCUGUCGGUUAAUACCAGCCUCACUGCCUCUCUCCGCAAAGAUCUAUCUUGUAAGAAAUAUCGUCAAUUGCUGUGUGAUAUAUUUCUUGAUCAAAUACAAGAAAAUCUAUGAUACAUACAGAACAAACACAGAGUCUUUGUUUGAAUUGGCACUUCUGUCUUUAGAGUGUUAAACUCAGACAAAAGCAGCUGCUUUGAGUGUUCUGAGGUAGCUGUGGGAUGGAUGAGUUGUCUGCUCUGAAGUCUGGACUUUUUUUAUUUUUCUUUUUUCAUUAUAUAGCCAAACUAAAGAUUUUAGAUCAGGAAAAAUUACUCAGACGUAUUACAGACACCUGAGAGUCAUGGUCAGUAUGUCUGUCUGAUGCUCACAACAUCACCUGGUUUUAUCUAUUUAGUAAAAAAAAAAAAAAACAGAUCAUAUUAUUAAUACAGUUCAAAAUAUUCUGGCUGUUUGUUGUACUGCAGUUAUCAUAGGAACUCAUAAAACAUUAAUUCAGCAGCCCAACUCAAACAUUAAAUCUAUGUUUCCAGGUACAGCUGACACACUGUUCAUCAUAAUUUAUCUGCUCUGUUCCCUCCUACCCCUCUCAGUCAUCACCUAACUGAUUUAGCUAACUACCCCCUCCAUCCCAACAGCUAACCCCUCCAUCCAUCCAUCCCAGCAACAAAUGCCACCUUUUGUCAUUUUUUUACUUCAUCCUCCACCUAAAAAUAUUAAUUUAUUCCUUUUUUAUGUUAAACUUCUUUAAAACAUGUCUAAUGUUAAUGUUAAUUUGAUCCUCUAAUCCUUCUCCAUUUGAAUUCCCUUCUUCCUCUCCCCCCUCUUCCACCAUCCUCCAGUUUAGAGAUUGCCAAGUCUACUGCCCAGUCCUCCCCCAUGUCGUCUCUUGUUGACCCGACCAUGAGCCUCACCCAGCCUGCCCCCCCUGUCUCGUCCUCCUCCUCCUCCCCUCUGGCAGUGAUGGGCUCCUCCUUUUCCCAUGCCCCAAUUGUGGGUGCUCCAUACACCGUCCCCCUCACUAGCCUGCUGGGGGUGAAAUCAUUCCCUUACCUGGCCCUGUCCAACCCCCUUGCCUCAACAACCACAGCAGCAAUUGGAGCUCCCAUGAUGCAUGGCUCCCUGCAGACCGCAGCUACAGCAGCUGUCCCGCUUCAGGCUCAUACAACAGCCGCAGCGCUGGCAUCCUACACGGCAAAGAUUUCAUCAGCCAAUGGUUUAAAGAAGCCAGAGAGGCAGAAGUUUUCUCCAUACUGAUGGAGGACAGUGGAUAAGUUUACAGCUGUGAGGACAAUUCAGACAGUGUGAGAUGACAGGCGAAUUUUAAUUUAUGGCUUUUUAUUUAUUUAGUUUAAACUUUCACUUCUUUGGUUUUCUGAAUGUUAAAGUGGGAUGAUUGGAAUAAUGUUGAAAUAGAAAUCUUUCCAGGAUAUUUAUCCUGUCAUUCCUUGGAGCUGAUUACAAAGAAGACAAUCCUGUACAGAUUUUUUGACCGAGGUGGAGUUAGAGUUUUUUGUAAAUGACUGAUUUCAGAUGUUUUCUACUUUCACAGAGCGCUCAGGGUCACAGCUUCAUACCCUCCCUGUUUUCUUCAUAGAGGAGUGUUUUCAGAAACAGACACGACUCUCCUUGAUAUUAGUCUACAGCAGACUCUCUUACUUUUGCAUUAGAGAUGAUUUUGUGCACGUCCUGAGAAACUACUGUCUAUUGACUACCAGUGUGUAGUGUAGAUUUGUUUGGUAAUCCGUGAGAUGAUUUCAGAUUGUUAUUCAAGAUCUUAACAGAAUGAUAACAUCAGCAUAACAUAGAAACACUUGGAGUCAAGACAAACUUCAUUUUUCCAAUAAUCCCACAAUGAGUCUGUUUGUUAAUUAAACUUAUAGUUUUAUUGUAAUGAGCCCUUAAAGAGAUUAAUUUAAUAUAAUGAAUUUGUAUUUGUCUUUAAACUACUUUUGUCUGCAGCUCUACUCUGAUCUGACUGCUUGAAGGUGACGGUGUUGAUGAGGAUGAUGUUUAUAUUGAAGGUUGCAGGUUCUCUCAAUGUGUUAAAGCCAUAAAGACUCUCUUUAUAACCUUAUAUUUAUGACUGAACAAUAUCUCAGAGAGUUAAAAUCACUAACACUGAGGUCACUCAGCUUUUAUAUCCCAUGAUGUAUCUGUGUGCAUAUCUACUGCCUGUCGAUUUGAUACUUGACUUUAUUAUUAUAUUAUUUCAUUUAAAUUAGAAGUAUUUUUCCUAACAUGGCUGUAGACAAAACUUGAACACCCCCCCCCCCCACACACACACACACACACACACACACACACACGCAAACACACAUCAAAGCAAUACUAAACUACUGGGUUUGCAGCUUUACAGAUGAAUUUCUGUAUCAGUAAAAUAAACUGUGGGAUUUAGGUUGACAGAUCCUUGAUGUCGGAAUUCCUCUGUUUACUUCAUUUAAAGAAAAAAAAUCAUUUGAAUUAUGUAACUUUAUAUAUCUAUAUUUUUUUCAAAAUGAAAAAAAAAAAAAACUAAACUAAUCAAACUGUCCACUAGUAUCUAACCCAUCUUUCCACACUCACUGAUUUUUCUCUGUUUCUGUGUUCUUUCUUCAUUUGCAUGACUCUGACUUCGAUUAUGUCUAUGCAAAAAUGUCUGUGGUUUACUGUGCAUGUGUGUAUUUAAACUGUGCAGCUGAAAUAAAAAAGGGCUUCAGGGUCUGUUUGACAGUAGAUCUGCCCUGAAUGACGUAAAGUUUAGUUUGGUUUGAUCUGACACUUACAGCAAACACACCACCGCUGUAAAACCUAUUUCCAGUCGAAAAUCAAUAAUCAUAUUGGCAUCUCAUCGGCAGCUCAGUUUUUUUUUUGUUUUUUUUUUUUCAAAAUUAUUUUAUGAUUAUAAAGUUGCUCUUGAACAGGUAGUAUAUGAAUCAACCCUCAACGAAGCAAGUCUGCUGGAUAUUUAGAUUACAUUACCUUUAACAUAUAUCAGUUCUAACGCUUUAAUGAGCUCUGCUGCUCAAUCAUAUGAGUUCCACUAUUUUACUGAUAUGACUGAGUGAUGAUGGAAGUGGGGGGGGGUUGCAAUUUAGAAUCUCUUCAUGGAGGACCUUGCUCUCUGCUUAUGCAACUUGAAGAUGCCCUCACCAUCUCUGUUGCCAGUGCACAGAUUGCAGGACAGAAUCACGAAUUUAAAAAUUGGUAUGUUUUUCAGCCUUAUCAUUUCACAUGCUAGCUGAGACUUACCUUUUUGCCACAGUGUCAACAGGCAGAGAUCAAAGUUCUGGACUCCUCUUGGCAGACUGAUUUGAUAUGACUUACGUGAUCAGGUUGUCUUUGGUGUUAUUCUUUGUUUUGAGAAUGAAUCACCAUUGUGAGUGUCUUAAACCAAUUAAGAAUCAAGAGUUAUGUAUUCCUGCACAGCUAUAACCAGGUGACUGAACAAAGCCAAAUAGUGAAUUGAUGUUGAAGAGUCAUGGUUCUUACUGAUGUUUAAUAAGUUUUUUUUUCCCUGUGGAGUGAUUUGCUUUCUUUUCAAAAUAGAAAGAAAUAUCUUGAAAGCUGUGAUAGUCUUAUUUUAAAGUAAAAUCUGGUUUAGCAAAUGAGAGAUUAUACAUAUAGACCCACACAGUUCAUUCAAAGUUCGUUUAAAACUAUUGAAAAGGUACUCUGUAAAAAAACACUAACUUAUUCUGUGUCCAUUGUGAUUUAUUUAAACAGCAGAGCAGAUGGCAGAUUCUAAGUAAAAUGAAAAAAAAAAGCCUUCCUACUAGUUAAGAAAAAUAAUAGAAUUAAUUUACCUGAGCAGGUAUCAUAGUUUGUCUGUAGACUUAAAGUGAAAAUGACUCUUCACGGUAAAGUUACUGCAGACUCAGACCCUUUGGAUGACACCAGGCCUUUGUUUGUUAUUACUAUUAUUAUUAUUUUUAUUCUUAUUAUUAUUACAUUUUUUUGGUCAGUAUUACCAAAGAUAAUGACGGGGCGUUAUUACAAUAACACUUUCAUUCCAAGUCUACCAUAAAAUACAUACAGACACACAUCUCUCUGAAGCAAACAUCCAUGAUUAUGGAUAUUUUAGAGCGUUCUUAUGUGAAAAGCCUAUAUGGUUAGUUCGUUAUGUCUUUUAUGAACAUCACAGUUUUGUUCACCAUUCUUCUCCAUGAAGAAUGUUUGUUGUUUGUAUCAGCCUAUUGUGUGUUUGUGAUGUUCUUUCUUUGUAUUCUGAACAAUAAAAACUAUAAUAAAACUCUGUUGGCUGAUUCAUGUUUGAUUUGAGUGUUAACACCUGAAGCUCCCACAGGUGUAAAUAAGGAUAUCCACAUUUACAGCCAAAUUGAAUAAUCAAAUUAGGAAGUAACCAACCAGUCCCAGGUCUCUAGCACCUAUU